AAAUUAGUGUAAUUUCAUCAAAACAGGAUAAACGAAGGAAAAUAAAAACUCUAUCAAAUUUGGAUCAUUCAAAACUCAUUUUUGAGGUUCCAAUGGCGGUGUAUUUUGUACUCGUCUAAAAGUUUCCCAUUUCACACUUUUCCCAACUUUUUUUCACCCUCAACUGUGUGUUUGUGUGUGUUCUAUUUGACUUUUUUUUUUUUCCACAGAUUUAUUUAUUAUGGUUAGCAUAAUGGAUAGAAGGAGUAGUAGUACUGAAGAUGAUUAUAUUAGAAGACAUCAUAGACAUGAUGUUAGAGAUAAUCAGUGUAGUUCAUCUCUUGUAAAGCAUAUCAGAGCUCCUGUUCAUCUUGUUUGGUCAUUAGUGAGGAGGUUUGAUCAACCACAAAGGUACAAACCAUUUGUUAGCAGGUGUAUCGUGCAAGGGGACCUUGAAAUCGGAAGUGUUAGAGAAGUGAAUGUUAAGUCCGGACUCCCAGCUACCACAAGCAAGGAGAGAUUAGAGCUUCUAGAUGAUGAUGAGCAUAUCUUUGGUGUAAAGAUUGUGGGCGGAGAUCACAGGCUUAGGAACUACUCGUCAAUUAUCACUGUUCACCCGGAGGUCAUUGAUGGAAGGCCUGGAACAAUGGUAGUCGAGUCAUUUGUGGUGGAUGUCCCAGAUGGGAAUACUAAGGAUGAAACAUGCUACUUUGUCGAGGCCCUCAUCCGGUGUAACCUCAAAUCACUAGCUGAUGUGUCAGAGCGCUUAGCCGUGCAGGGCCAUAUGGAGCCUAUCGACAGAAUAUAGGUUUACACUUUCUUGCAUAUGAUCGAUCAGUUUGCUUGAGCGUGCAGGGAUUUGAUCAGAAGGCGAGUAGAGUGACUGGUACUUAUGCCAGUCCUUCUCGAUCUCAGAAGUAUAUGUAUAUAUAUACAUAUGUGUGUGUGUGUUCAUGCUUCCUUGUCAUCAUCUGUAAGGUUACCGCGGUUUGUAAAAUGCAACUAGUUUAUUCUUGCAAGUGGCUACGUCAUAAUGUGAAGAACCAGCCAUGUGGAGCUUGGGUUGUGAAUAUCUAUGCUCAUGAAGGGUGCUGUUUCUUGUUAUAGGAUCAUGACUGUGGUUAUGACACACUAUAAGCUUGUGUAUCUUUGAGUUUGGUGUGUUAAUAAGUACUAGAAACAGUAUUUGGUAAAUUAAAAAAUAGAGUGCUUGCUUUUUGUUGUA